AUGUUGACAACGAAAACGAGCAAAAUUCUCCUCGGGGGAGUCAAUGGAGAACGAAACCCCGGAGGAGGAGGACCAACGCGCGUGACGGUGACGAGACGAAGGAGAACGAAGGACACAGACGCGAAUACGACGCACACGAACAAGAAAAAACGUAUGCGUGUACCGCGUGCGUUUGCGAGAGAGUACCCGACGUACGAUGAACUCCCGGGCAACGAUGCACGCGGAGGAAGAAAACCCGAGACACAGAGCAACGGUAGGUGGCAACCAACGGGGAACGAGGAGGAAGAUUUUUUCUUCAAGAAUACGCCUCGCGAACCACAACAACACACACGCGGACGACGAAACGAUGGAAACCCUGACUUUUACGGCGGCGGUAUCGCGAUUUCCCCUUCUUCUUCUUCUUUACCUUCUUCGUUUUCCGCCGCCGCUCGCGAUUGGUUCGAGUUAUGCUUCAUGGCGCUCAAGACGACGGUGCCGCUCACGGCGAUAUGCGCGUGCGUCGCCGCGGCGAGCAUGAACAGCGCGAGGUACACGAUGUUGAGUCAAGUGUAUCAGUUAGCGACGGGGAUGACGACGGCUGGGGUGAUACUGUCCGGAUUUGCGGUUUUCGCGAGCGUUAUGAGUGGGUUCUUUGUGGCGGCGAGCGCGUUUGCCGAUUUCGGAGGGGCGAGUACGAGGAGCGCCAACGCGAAUUACGCGCAGCGGAGGAAGAAGAAGAGUACUACUAAAAAGAAGAAGAAUGGUGGUAAUGCACCACCGAGACAAACUCAACAAAACGUCGUCACGAACUACGAACAACAACAUCAUGAUGAAUAUAUCAUCAACAGCAACGAGCAACAACAAAGCUAUCAACAGCAACAACCUGUACAACAAUAUCAACAACGACGCAAAGCGGUGGAACGGUACGAGCCUCCCAUGGUCCAUCCGACUCGACCACCAUCCUCGCCGUCUAAACGCGCCGCGAGAGAAGCGUACGAUUCUUGGACGCCGGAAAUCCCCAUCGUCGAUCCGCGAGCGCACGUUCCUCGCCCGUCUGAUGUCGAUUACUAUGAAAAUUCUUCUUCGGCCUCGAGACUGGGCGGAUCCCAGCCCGAGUGGGACAGAAACGAAUCGUGGGGCUCCUACAAAUCCCCAGGCCAGCGUCGCCGCGAAAUGGGGUACGAGUUCAAAGGCACGCAGGCUUUGAAAAACUACGUGGACCCUCGCGACCAGUACGAACGCCGCGUCUCCAACCGCUCGCCGGAAGCCGAAAACGUCUACAACCAACACAGAAGAGGGAUAAACGCAAACGACGAAUUACGAGCGCCUCGACACGACGUCAACAACUACACGAACCCGAUCCCGGAGCGAGACCGUUUAAUCCCGAAACCCAUGGAACGCCCGAAACCUGGAUACAUACCAACUGAAGUCCUCAUCGCCAUGGGUGGUGCUUCUCUCAGCAAUCACAUCAAAACCAAGUUUGAAGACGGGAGCGUAAGGGAGAUGAAAAAACAACGAGAAGCGUUCAAUAACAAAAAGAAAGAGGAAACACAUUCACCAUCGAUGGCGACGAACAUGUUCGGAGAAAAGGUCAACAGCGACCAGUUGCGACGGCACGCUCGAUGA